AUGGAAAAAUACCAAGGAGAGACAUACCGGCUUUUAAGUGGUACAGAAUAUGUUGUUGGACGCAAAAACUGUGCAAUUUUAAUUCAGGAUGAUCAGUCCAUCAGUCGAAGUCAUGCAGUUCUGACAGUAAGUCGUCCUGAAACAACCCCUAGCCAGUCUCUCUCCAUCCCUAUAUUAACAGUAACAGAUACAUCUAAGUAUGGUACCUUUGUUAAUGGAUCAAAACUCAAUGGCACUUCAGUGUCUUUGCAGUCUGGCGACAGAAUCAACUUCGGAGUCUUUGAGAGCAAGUUUAGAGUAGAGUAUGAACCUUUGGUCGUCUGCUCAUCAUGUUUAGAUGUAGCUCAGAAAACUGCUUUAAAUCAAGCCAUCCAGCAGCUUGGAGGCCUUGUAGUGAAUGAAUGGACAAAAGAGUGUACUCACCUUGUAAUGGUAUCAGUAAAAGUUACUGUUAAGACUAUAUGUGCUUUGAUUUGUGGUCGACCAAUUAUAAAACCAGAGUUUUUUGUUGAAUUAAUCAAAGCUAUUCAGUCCAGGCAACAGUUGCCAAAUCAUGAAAGCUUUUAUCCUCCAGUUGAUGAGCCUUCCAUUGGCACUGAAAAACUGGAUUUGUCUGAGCGUCAUGAAAGGAAAAAAAUAUUCAGUGGAAAAACUUUUGUAUUUCUAACUGCCAAGCAGCACAAGAAACUGGGUCCAGCAGUUAUUCUUGGAGGAGGGGAAGCAAAAUUGCUGACAGAAGGAAGAAAAGAAACAUCUUUACUAGUUUCUCCUGAAGUUUGUGUUGUUGAUGUGGGGUUGACAAACUCUCAGAUCCCAGGAUCUGACUCCAUGAGAAACUGGACUGAUUCCAUUUUGACUGUCUUGCAAAGCAAGGAUCUCAGGGCUAUUCCUGAGGCAGAAAUUGGAUUGGCAGUUAUCUUCAUGUCUACGGAAAAAUACUGCAACCCUCAAAAGCAGCUUGGUAACAAAGCUGUAACUAAAAGUACUCCUGCAUCAGCUGUUGUAGGGCCAGCCAUUUCUCAGAGUUUGGCUGUGGAUGAAACCAUAAUGCCAGCUGCCGCAGACAACAGCACAGUAUAUGUAGCUGAUACAGAAAUAGAAGAGCAGACAUGUAUGGAGAUAGAGAAUACUCCCCAGAUGGAUAGACAAGGGAAAAUGGCUUUCCAGGAUACAACCUCCAUAAAGAAAAACCCAAGCACAAGUGACACUGUAAAUGCAGGAACAUCGAUACCUAGAGUGAAUAGAACAUCUGCGUUUAGUCAAAAAAGUCAUCCUGUCUCACCAUCUAAAAUUUCAGAAGCUGGUAAACCUAGUGAGUGUGCUUCACGUUACCAGUCUAACUCAAUUACAAAUUACUUCCAGGUAGCUAGAAAAAGGGAGAGAACUGAAGAAGAAGAAACAUCUGUACCCAAACUAUCAAAACUGGAGAAAAGGUCAUCGCCUGUUUCAAAGUUCACUGAACCCCCAGCUUCAUCAGUAUGGAACAGUGAAGUAGAACAGCAUCAAAGGGAAAAUAACAUCCGGGACUCAAACCCAAAUGUUGCAUUAAAAGACACAGGUAUAAAGCUUAUGAGGGAAAUUGGCAAAUUAGCAAGUGAUAAAACAGACACUAAAACCACUUCUAGUGAAAAGCAUGCACCAAAGAAGAGAAAGGAGUUCGAUGAUUUAUCUGAAGAUACAGAAGCACUAGAAAUUGUGUUUGGAAGCAGACACCUAGACUGGGAAGAUCAAAUGGCAGAUCAUGACCAGGAGGCUCAAGGAAAUGCACGAAAAAAAAGGUGUUUGGAAGCCAACAAACGCUGGAUUCAAGAAGUAGAUGGAAAACAGAGAGAGGAGAAUAAAAUACUGAAAGAAAAGGAACUUGGAUCAGUUCUAACUUCAGAAAUGAAAAGUGACAUCAAGCAAGAGUUGCCAGUCUCUAACCACAACAAACUGCAAGAUGACUCCAGCAAUCUUCCUAGCAGACUUCUGUUGACUGAGUUUAGAUCAUUGGUUGUCAGCCAUCCAAGGCAGAACAGUCAGCUUACUGGAAAUACCAGCUACGGGGGAAAGAAAAAUUUCAAAAUGUUCAAAAAGGUAGCUUAUCCAGGGGCAGGACAACUUCCAUACAUUAUUGGAGGAUCAGAUUUGAUUGCUCACCAUGCGAAAAAGAAUUCAGAGCUAGAAGACUGGUUAAAGCAAGAAAUGGAGGAACAGAACCGAUAUGCAAGAGAGGAAUCACUUGCUGAUGAUCUCUUUAGAUAUGAUCCUAAUGUGAAAAGGAGAAGAUAAAUUGUAACCUGGAUUUACAGUGAUUCUCUAACAAAAAUCUGCUUUCUGUUCCUUAGGAUUCCUGGUUACAGUGUGUAAUAUAUAUCUGCAUAUGACCAUUUGAGCUGUCAAUUAUUGUAAGACUUGUUUUUAAGUCUUGUCUUUAUUAAAGAAAAAGAAAAGUUUCUGUCACUGCUUGAUACUUGCAGAUUGCACAUUUUCGAGACCUUAACAUUAUUUGCUUCAGAUUAAUGCUCAUUAAAAUACUGUAGAUACUUAGGAUUUAAUUUUAGGCUGUUUAUUUCUAAUACUUGCUCAUCAGUAUUAUUUUUGGGAAAGAAAGGAAGUUAGCAGCAGGCUUUUUUCUUUUCAGAAAGGCUUUGUUAAUUAGAUUUUUGUAUAUUGACAAUUUUGUCUCUAGGCGAAGGUUUUUGAAGACUUCAUAAAUAAGUGAGACCAAACUUUAAAUUUGUAUCUGAGUAAACAAGAAGUAUUUAAUAUUGAUAAGGUCAAGUUCCUUCCUAUUUUUGAAGUUGAUGACAUUAUUUUUAAUCAGUCACUAAUUUUGUGUGAUGGCAGAUUUGAAUCAAAUGUUUAAAUUCUAAAAUUCAGUGAUUUUUGCCCUAUUAUAUCUUCAAAUCUCCAAUAUUUGUUUGAACAGCCUACAGUUAGACUAGAAACACUCUUACAAACAAAAAAAUUUUGCAGCAGCAACAAGCAUUUUAAUUUUGGUUUCUGUGGAAGGGAGAAAGAGGCGAGUGCAGUUUCUUUCUCUGAAUAUUUCCUUUCCUUUGCAAACAGGAGAGAUGCAUUUGGCUGUUUAAGAACAAAAGAUGUAUAUGAAAAGCCCAAAAGCUUCAUAUGAGAACUAUCAGAUGAGAGUCUGUACUUUCGUGUAGUGAGAAAUAACCUUGUACAUUCCUCAGAGUGUAAAUUCUGAUAUAACAAUGUUGUGUAAUUGGUUUUAUUUGUAAUGAGACUCAAGUUAGAGGGGGACAAGACCAAAUCUGAUGAUUUCUGGGAGUCAAAUAUGGGUCAACCCCAUCCCCAAAAUAAGAAUAAAUCAUAAAACCCUACAGCCAAAACAAACUGGUUGGGAGGUGGAGGGAAUUUCCCUGGAAAAUGAACAAGUAAAAAUUUUAAAGCUCUAGAUCUAGUGGCAAAGAAGCCAAAUGAAUCCCCUUGCUAUUGGAAAUAACAUCUUUUAUCCAGUUGGAAGAUUCAGGCCAAGAGAAUUCAAUGAGCUUCUCUGUUAAGGGAGCUGCUUCAGCACAUUUCAUGGGUAUUGUCUUAAGAAUUGGGAAUCUGUUGAGGAGGACUUAAAUGCAGCUGAUACCUGAUCAUGAUAGUCUUAUCUCUGGUCCAUUAUGUAGAACAAAUACUACUGUUCCAGAAUAUUUUGGAGCUGAAAAAAAAAGCUUUUUUUCUCUCUUAAACAUAUUUUCAUUUGCAGCGUUAACUCAAUUUGAAUGUCCAUUUGUUAAAAGCUACUUCCAAGACAGAGAAAUUCUUAAAAGAACUAUUGCACUCCAGUUUGGGAUUUUAGAUAAUUUGACCCAGUUCUUCCUCUCAUGUUUUUACUUGUUGCAAUCACUGUGUAAAAAUCUGCCCUUCAAAAUAAUUCCAACUAUAUCAGCAGUGAAAGCUAUGAAACAGUUACCCAUUCUUUUGUUAGGAGAGCUCUUCUUAAUGAUCCAAAAAUUUGGAAUUUGAGGGAUUCCCCUGGAAAUCUAAUGAGAAAAGCCUUCCAGACUUUCUGCUCACCUGUAUGAAGCCAAGACAUGAUGAAGAUGGACAGUAGCUCCACUGCAUCCUGUUUCAAGAGGCAGAAUGGUAGAAUCUCCUUCCUCACAUGAAGAAGUAAUCUGGUUGAUGUAAUUGACUUUUAAGUACUCAACUUAAACUACAUAAUGUGCAAGCAAGAUGAGCUGAGCAUGUUUCAAGCCACUCUGUCACAUACCACAUUUGCAGAACAGCAUAGUCAGAUCUGUAUGUAUCAAGAUAACAGAUAUGCUGAAGUCCAGGUGGUUGCAGAGUCUCAAAAUAUUUAGUCUUCAAAAACCAGUUUUUCCUCAGGUCUGUCUUGACAUCAUCUCGGUCUUCUUGGUCACUUGGUCAGGGAUGUCCAGAGUGAUGCACAGAGUGCAAAACCAGAACCUCUGAGUUCAGCAAAGAUGUGAAUGUUUUGGUAUUGUAACUGGCAUCAGGGCACAUCAAAUCUUGUCCACCAAAUACCUUUAAAAAUGCUUCUUAAGCAGUUGAAAUACUUGCUGGAGGAGAUGUACUGACUGCUGUUUGUUGCACCCUCAGGUGAGUUUUUUUGCUGUCACAAUGAGAAUCUUCAAGUUUUCCUGUUAAAAGACCCACUGGUCCAAUGGGGCAGGUCUUGUAGACUGCUGCUGAUGACCUUUUUGUUACUAAAUUCAAGAAAAUAGCUUAGACAGCAGAAUAUCCAUGGAGAAGAUCCUUCAGAAAUUGUUUAUGGUUGUAAAAACAGAGCUUGUCCUUUCCUCUUAGAUGUUCUAACAAGACACAAUGUACAGGGGACUUCUGUGAGAAAGUAAAUGUUAUGUCCUUUGCUGUUCAAACUUCAGUCUGCUAGGUUCAAGCAACAUUGGUGGCACAGCUGAGACUACUAUUCUAUUCAUGUUAUAACUUAAGGCUCUUCAAAUCCGGUUCCACAGACAUUUGAAUUUAGCAGCUUUGAUACACUUCCAGUCAUUUAGUGUCCUAGGACUGCUGGACUUGCCCACCAUGUGACUGGGGAACACCCCAGAACGCUUGGAGCUUUCUUUAUAGAUCUUAAGAUGUCUUCUCUGUAUCAAUUUUCAACAUCAUCUUCAGAUUUCUCUGCACUUUUCAACAGGCAAAUGUGUGUUCUCAAGAGGGGAGGGCAGUGUGGGGUUUUUCACAGUAGUGCCAAGAAAAAAAGGAUCAGCACUUGGCUGAAGAUAAACCCAGUGUGCGUUCCUGUUUCAGGUCAAACUUGAGUGUGUAACAUGCAAUAGUUUGGCUUCUGACUCAGUUGCAUCUGCUGUCUGAUGAGAAGCCUGUAGACUAGUGAAGCCAAUCUUUUUGUUAUUUCAACAUGAAUUUAUGCUUGCAUUUAAAAAGCUUAGACAGCUAAACCUCUACCUCUUAGCUAUGAUUUGAAUUGUGAUUCCAAAUUGACGUAACAAAUCCUGUUCAUAAUACUGAAGCCUUCUUUUCAUUUUAGCAUAAUUUUGUCAUGAUUUUCAGCUCCAGACAGUAGAAGAAAUAUGCUUGUUGGCUUACUGGUUUGGGCCUUCUGUUACAGAAGUUUGAGGCAGAUGAUAAAGAACAUAAUACAUGAUCCAAGUCUUGGGAGCCUGAACAUGCAAUAAAUCAAAUCAGUGUUUGCCUUACUCCUGGAACUAUUACAUUAACUUGAGGUGGUGUUUCCUUUAUUUUAUAAAACACACUGUUAUGGGCUAACCCCAGUAGGCAGCUAAGCCCCAUGCAGCUGCUUGCUUGCCCCGCUCCUGCCCCAGCAGCAUGGGGGAGAAGCAGCAAAAGGGUAAAAGUGAGAAAACUCCUGGGUUAAGGUAAAGACAGUUUUACAGGUAAAGCAAAAGCUGUGAAUACAAACAAGGGCAAUUUACUUUGCAAUCUGCAGUUCAGAACUUCUACUGCAUGCUCCAUUUUCAUUCUGUGGGGCUCAUGUCCUGUGGUUUCAACAUUCAGUUCACUGGUUUUCUGACAGAACAUGUGUGGUGUUGAUUUUCUUCAGAAGGUUGAAACAAGUUCAGUAACUCAGACGUGACAUCUAAGGCUUCUCUCAUCUACAUCAAACCACAAUCUUUUUGACAAAAUGAUGCUCUUCACCUAAAGAUACAUCUAAGCAGAAACUUAUCUUCAGAUCUUGUUUCUUGCAUGUUUCUGUAUAACAGUUUGAGGGUUUGUUGGGAUUGCUUUUUUAUAUAGCAUGUAUUAUAUUUGUUCACACUGCUCACAGGAAGGAGAUGCACACAAUACAUAAACUAAAUAAACUUUUUAUUAGCAAGGCUUUUAAAAUACAGUCUUGCAUUCAGCAGCUUAACUGAACACAGUUUAAAGCAGAUUGAAUUACUCCAUGCACCACUAAAAUACAAGAUGGGUGCUGUACCCCUGCAGAAACAAAAUUUUCGGUUUAACUCACACCAGUUUCAGCUGACUUCCUGUCUUUCCUACAUCAGUUAGGGAAGCCACUGCUGCCAUUGGCAAGACUACUGAGAUACUCUUUUGCUUUCUACUUCUGUCCAUUCACAUCGGAGUCCGCCCUUUUUUCUCCUACCCUUACUCCUCAUCUCAGAGAAUGGGGGGCUGGUGCAGAAGUGCUGGCUUUCACUGUCACUGCACCUGUUCCAUAUGCUGAAAGUGUGUUUAUAGUCAGCUUCAGUUUCAUCCAUCCACUGACUGCCCCACUGACUCCCUCCAGAGUGCUAAGCCCCCAUCAUUACCUCCAUUCCUGAUGUGUCCAAGAGGCUCCAUUCCACAUGUUUACCAUCAAACAUCAGUUCAGAACUGACACAGUAGCUGAAGUCUCUGCUGUAGACCUAUUCCAAACCCCUCUCAGCUCUCCUAUUACCAGUCCAUUUUGUACAGGUGACUCCUCAGUCCUUACUCUUACCCUGUCUUCUCCCUUCCCCCCCAAUAAAACUAGCUCUUUUCUUGCUGUUUCCCUUUCCUGAAUCUCUCUUUAGAGUCUCAUUUGACCACAUCUUGUGUUUGAUUCACAAGUUUUGAUUGUGCUCUGGUAUCUCCUUAGAACUUGGGCCAAACACAGCAAAACCUGAACUGUCUUAUUCCUCACUCUUCCUCUUGCAAUGUUAUGAGAACCACCAUCACCGCAUUCCAGUGAGAUAUAGAAAUGUUAGACAGAUUUCCCUAACUAGCAGCUUUCCCUGCCACUUGCUUUAGCACUCUGCACCAACUUUGACUAUCAGAAUCUCUCUCAAGCAUUGGCUACAGCAUCAGAUCCAUCCAACCUUCUCUUGCUGAACACUACAGCUCUCUCAAUGCCUCUUCCUCACGGUUUUUGCCUUUAAGAUUUCACCACUUCUCGAAACUAAAAUAAUUGGCUUCUAGGUGAAACUGUUAUAGUACUACCCAUUUAGCUUUCAGUCCAUCAUCAGUUUUCACACAUGAAGAUAAAAUAAGCUUAGCAUGCACACCUCAGGUAGGUUUAUCAUCUAAUCAAAACAGGUUUUGCUCACAAGUUGUUUGCAGCUGAGAAUAUAUUCCAGCUGACAGCAGACAUUCUGUACACUUUUACAUUGCCAAUCUUAAAAAAAAAAAAAAAGGAUAUGACCCAAGCAUACUCCAGCAAAAACAGAAAACUGAGGUGUGACACAUGGAAAUGACAUUUACAUAGCAUCUCCAACUCUGGGUAUAUCACGUGUGUGAACACACAUAUAGGUAGAUGAAUAUAAGCCUUCAUCUCAAUUAGAACUGCAAUUCCACAACCAGCAUACUAGACCUAAUAAAGAAACAGGCAAGAUCAGAGUACUGACUUUCCAAAUUGUGCCAGGUAGAUGUAAGGUAGCAGGAUCAGUUCUACUGCAGGAACAGCAGUAACUCAGUGAUCACAUAGACACUGGUCCUAGAAUUCAAACUGCUGAAAAAUUAACCAUUACCCUUCUCUUCAGAGUAUCCCCUGGAAUUGUGUCAAGUCUCUGAUCACCUUGUCUCUAGCUUUGUAUUUGUGGACAACUAUUCUUUCGUUAUACACCUAGUUAAAAAAGAACCUAGAAAUGCCAGAAUUCCAUAAUAUUUUGUAAAUACAUAACAAACCUAGUCAUUCAUUUUCUUUAUGCUGGCAUGUAAGUCUACAGAGGGUGUCCAGGAACACAAAGCUGAAUUUUAGUUUCUUGAGCAUCCACUGUAGGCAGCGUAGGCUGAUACUUACAUAUUGCCAGUGAUCUCAGAAUAAAGAGAUGGAGGAGGAAAGUGCAAAUUAGAUUAACUCAGUCUCCAGAAUGAGUAGUUUCAAAAGGAUAGGAGAGCUAAGAAUAUGAAGUGUAUUUUUCUUCCUAGUUUUAAUGACUACCAAUGACCACUAGGUUUUAAGAGUUGGCUUAAUAUGCCCUGUAAGUACAAAAUGAUCAUUGUUAUAGAAGAAAAUCAGCUAGCAUGCAGACAGGUGUCAUGUGAAUUAAGGUUCAGGGUUUGCUUGAGUUGAAGCAUUCUAGUGUCUGCAAAGACAAAACUAUCUUUAGAACAGUGCUUAGCUCCACUAUAUUUAUACUAUAAAUGCUUUUUUCCCCCCAUAAUCCUUGUUCUUUACACCAAAUUCAUCACUGACUUCACAAUUCCUUAUAUAAUUCAAGCUUCAAAAAUUAGCUAAACUGAAACACCAUCAGUGUACCAUAUUCCCUCAAAUAUGGUCUUUUUCAGAAAAUGAGCUGUUUAUAAUUCAAUAUCCUUGCUACAAAUUUGUACCCCUAAUGUCACCAAAGCCUUCCUUUCUCUGUCGAAGAACAUUUUUCAGUUUCUAUUGUUUCUGCUAAAUAGAAUUAGGUAUUAUGGUUAUGUCAAACAAAGCAUGACUUUUUUUUCAUGUUGGGCAAGGGGAAAAGGGGGAAGUAAAUGUCCAAGAAGCUCUCACAUCAGAUGAGGUACUGUGCUCCCAUCUUGUUGUCACCUCAAAAAAUAAUCCAAAAUGAUGACAGAACAUUGAUACUGUAAGGUUCUAAAAUAUGUCCAUUAAAAUGUAGUAGUAUAAAGCUUUUAGCAUUUUUUGUUCCAUAACUUCUUCAAAAUGAAAUCAUUACUAUACGGAUAAUAAUACAAUC